AUGUGGAUUUUCCGAUUUGCAAUUUUCUUUGCUUUCUCGACGAUUUGUCGAGCGGGAUCAUUUGAUGCGAGAGAGUUCCAGAAGUACAAAUAUCAGAUCGAGCUUGACGACAAAUUGGCCGGCUUUCCAAGCAAAGAGGAAUACAUGAAUUUGAGCUUUGAAGAUGAGAGUCAAAUCGAAUCGUUUUUCCUCCAGCAAAUCCCAUCGGAAACCGAUCCACGAAAUCAUUUCAUCACGAACAAAGCCGGUCAAAAGUUCCUCUGUCAAUUGCCGGACAGUGAAAUGGUUAAUGCCAAAAAAACGGAGAUAAAUGGCGACAGUUUACACCCAAAAUACAUAAACGAGAUCGUUAGCGUUUCGUUUUUAAGAUCAAAAUGCAUAAAAAAGCAAAUCGGCUGGUGGCAUUAUGAGUUCUGUCAUGGGAAAAUGAUCACCCAAAGUCAUUCAACGAAAGGAAAAUCCGACUUUAUUCAGUACACUCUUGGCACAUUUAUGGGUGAUCGUCGAAUGCCCGACUUCAAUCAAUCGACAAAAGACAAACUCCUUUACCUUGAGGAAGAAUACCCGAUGGGCACUUUUUGCGAUGUACUCGGGAAGAAAGUCGCUCGGAAAACCAUUGUUCGCUAUGAAUGUGAUCUAAAACUCUUCACCGAAGAAGCCUACAUUCAGAGUAUCGUCGAAACGUCCACUUGUCAAUAUUUGAUGAUCAUCCAAACCGGCUCUUUAUGUCAUCUUGCUGAAUUCAUCCCGACCGACGACCUCGUUGCACCACUUGGGAUCAAAUGUUCACCUUACAUUGAUCAAGAAAAGACAAAACAGUUUGCAAAAAGAAUUUUCGGAAAGAUGACGAGAAAAAAAGAAGGUGAACGCUUGUUGCCGAUUGUGAUGGAGAAAUUGAAAUCCGCCUACAGGAGACUUUACGCUUUCAAAAGAACCAGAUUGGUUAGCGAGGAACGGCGAAAUUUUCGACUUCAACGUCGAAUCAACUCGCAAAUCAGAGUGUUAAAUCGUGAACUUUUGGAGGCUUUAUACAUGAAAGUGGAAGGUGAAAAGUUGGAUGAGAAGAACUUUCGAAAAAUGGAAUCCCUCACGAAACUCAGUGAGGUCGCUGUGGGACGUGAAAUAUACGAACUGCUCAAGGAUUGGGAUAAAGGGAAUUUCUACUACUACUUGAUGGAUCGAGAAUGGCCAAAAGAUGAAUACCCGAGAACGCUCGAUUAUGUUGAUUUUCUGAAUGGAUAUCACGUUGAGAUCGAGGAAUUGGCAGCUCUAGCUCGCACUGAAGAAGAUGCUGAAUGGAUUCGUUUGUUCUCGAAACUUGAUCCAAAUCUUUGGCAACACAAUCUGUUUGUCAAUAAAGAGCAGAUGUUAGAAAAACUAGUCGAGAAUCUGCCGGUUUGGUUUCCAAAAAUGAGCGCGAAAGCCAUAUUCGAGAACGCCGGAAAGGAGGAUUUUAUGAGAAAGUUAGUCGAUCGCUACUACCUGUCAAUCAUCGAGAAUGAGGAUUUCUAUCACGAGGGUUUUAAUGCUCAUCUAAAUGAGGAUCUGGUUGAUUCAAUUUCACAUUAUGUUUUGAUUGUCUGGUUUCAAGAGGAUUCAUCUAUCAAUCGAAUUUCGUGGUCGAAUUUCUGGAUGAAACAUUUGAAAUUGAUGGAAAUGAUGAUGGUAGCAACGCAAUAUGGGAAAAUCAUCUACUCGAGUGAAAACCCAAACGCUGUGGAUGUGCUUGGACGUGCUUUCGAUCCGGAUGAGGUUGAAUUGGCUGAGACAAUGGAUUGGCAUGAAUAUUAUGAGUACAUCGAGGGAACUCUAAUGCCCGGGAAGCGACACAGCAUUCGCCAUGAUCAAGAACAGUUACUCAUUGCGCGAGCUCAAAAUCUUCGCCAAACCAUUUUUGAAGAGAUUUGGGCACAGAAAAAGGAGGAGAUCACGGAAAGCUGGAGGGAAAAACUGCUAUUAGAGCUGCUCGACGAAUUGGAAAAAUUGAGUGACACAGUUGCUGAAGAGAUUGACAAGAGAAGGCUAGCGGAACUCUAUCAGAAUGAGGACAAAGUGGAAUUGGUGAAGAUGUUGACGGAGAAAAUAAUUGAAGAUGAAUUCCAGAAGAUCAUCGAACUCUAUGAAAUAUUCACUGAAGAAGAGCUCCAAUUUCUUUAUGAAUUCUUCGUGAUUAAAGGAGUCGAUGAUAUGUUGUUGAUGAUGGAAAAAAGGAAAGCGGCGAAACAAGAGGAGAACUAUUGGGGCAAUUUUGGAGGAUUCGAUGAUGAUGGAGAAGAGGAAGAAGAAGAAGAAGAAGAAGAAGAAGAU